AUGCUAGAUUAUGAGGACAUGGGCAAGAAGGAGAGGGACAGGCUGAAGAAGAGGAAGCAAGUGGAGAAGGACAAAGCAGAAGACAGUAAGUGCAAGGUGGAAACAACGCCCAAGGAGAGUGAUGAAGGUAGUGAGCUGGAGGCUCUGGGCAUCCAGGAAGAGGAGGAGGCAGAGGUGGAGGGCAUUGUGGAGGAGCAGGAGGAAGAGUGA